UUCUUUACUGUUUCCGUUUUCCCGUAAAAAAUGAUUAAAAAUAGGUCUUUUUUGGGAGCUUACAGUGACCUUACCCCUUAAAACAGAAUAAUGGAAAUAUUUGUGUUGUGGAACAUUUUUGACAACGAGGACGACGAUAAUUGGUCAAUACAUGUUAGAGAACACCAUUUUCGAAUCACCAAUUUCAUGGAAAUUGUUUUUUCUUUUUAUUCAUUAACAGAUUUUAAGUUACAUUUUCGGAUGCAAAGAAAUACGUUUGAAAUGUUAAUACAAAUUCUUGGGCCAGCUUUAUUAGAAAGAGAAAAUUCUCCACAAUUGCCACCAAGUAAGCAGAUUGCUAUAGUUCUAUGGAUUUUGAGUAAUCAAGAGGUUUACAGGUCCGUUGCAGAUCGGUUUAGUGUAGCUAAAGACACAAUAUGGAGAUGUGUUUUCAACGUGUGUUACGUUCUGGACGUAACACAGCACGUUCAUAAUUAUAUUAAAUGGCCAGAAGUGCCACAGUUAUUACAUAUAUAAGAGGAAUUUGUAGCUAUAAGCGAUUUUCCUGGUGUAGUAGGUGCUAUAGAUGGUUGUCAUAUCGCUAUUAGUGCCCGAAUCGAAAAUUAUAACAGUUACAUUAAUAGAAAGGAAUUUUAUUCUGUUUUGUUACAAGGUAUAUGCGAUCACAGAAUGAAAUUCAUAGAUAUUUAUGCAGGAAUGUGCGGUAGUGUAUGCCCGGGUAUGGCACUUAAGCGAUAUUAAAUAUAUGAUAGAUAAUAAUGUACAGAGAUAUUUUUCACGCAAUAGUCAUCUUUUAACUAAUUCCGCGUGUCCGUUAUCAUGUUAUAUGUUAACCCCGUACCGCGACAAUGGUCAUUAAAAUCAUACUCAACUUAAUUACAAUACAAAGUUAUCAAAAACACGCGUUAUAAUAGAAAGAGCAUUCGAUUUAUUAGGUUAAAAGGGCGAUUCCGUAAAUUAAGACACGUUUAUGUGUAUAAUACUGAAAUGAUUCCAUUGAUUGCAUGUUAUGUGUUACAUAACAUUUGCAUUAACAAUAAAGAUGAAACGGUAGAAAUUGUAAAAUCAAUGGAAAAUGAUGAUUAUAAUUAUAAUGGCAUUAUAGAAGCAAAUGGAAAAAGAAAUACUAUC